GACUUGUUAUUCCAAACCUCCUAGUAACGAGUGGCUGAACCUUCGGUGCGAGGAAACUUUCUCCACAGGGAAAUCAAGAUGGCGGAAUGUCCAAUGGCUGUUGACAUCAUAACAAAUGACCUAACAAACGACACUUUGUUUAUCGAUCACAAUGCUUCCCUUUUUUUGUAUUCCAAAGAUGUUGAGCUCGAAUCGGACAUUCAUCAGUUGAAGUUCCUUGGAUAUGGUGUCAUAGGUUCUGUUGUUAUUGGAUUGGGAAUUCUGGGAAAUUUGAUUAACUUAGUGGUACUUACUAGGCCUAAUUUAAAAGGUGUUACCUUUGUGUAUCUGACUUGGUUGGCAACUUCUGACUUAAUGACUCUUUUGGUUAGUGCGACUUCUUUACUUCGACUUCAUGGAAUUCAGCCUCGUAGUUUUGCUGUAUCUUUGUAUUAUUCUUACGUGGAGUUAGCACUGGUCAACGCCUUCAUGGCGAGCAGUGUGUUCCUAGUAGUGGCCCUAACCAUUGAUCGCUACUUUUCAAUUUGUCUGCCCACUAGAUACAAAGAAGUCCACAAUGACCUCAGAGCUCGAAGAUCCAUAAUAGCCGCCUAUGUAUUAGCGUUUUGUAUCUACGUGCCCAUUUGUUUCCAGAAGGAACCUAUUGCAGUGCAAAAUGACCGAAACGAAACCGUUUUUAUCGCCUGUGAAAACCAGGCUGUGUUCAACCAUACUGGUUUCAGAUUUUACUUACUGGUAAAAGAGAUCAUUGUGAGGAUUGGGCCAGUGAUACUCUUAGCGAUCAUGAACACCGCCAUCAUUGUGACCUUCAGAAAGACAGUUCGCAAACGGAGAGAACUUUUGAACAGCUCCAACAGCAACUACAGCCAAAAAGAAAGCACCAGAAAGUUUAGAGAAGAGCGUCGUCUGGUGGUCUUGUUAGGUGGAAUUGUAAUUCUGUUUUUUGUUUGCAUGACUCCAGCGGCCAUCUUGACCCUCCUGAAUAGCGACCACAGGGAACUCGAUUUCGGCUUCCAGUUAUUUCGGGCUAUCGCGAACGUUUUAGAGUUGGCAAACUUCGCCAUGAACUUUUAUGUUUAUUGUCUAUGUAGCACUGAGAUUAGGAGAACAUUUCUACGACUCUUUGGCUGCAUUCGUACUCAACUUCCAGAACAAAGCUACGUCAGUCGACCAUCUGCGGAAAGCAGCACUAAGAUGUAAAAUGGCAUUGGUAUUUCCUUUAGAAAAUUUUGUAAAUGUAAGUGCUGUGAUGUUUUGUCGUUAUCAUUUCUCGAUGGUAAAACAGUAUAUACUAAU